AUGCAAGCUAGAAAGAUGCUAUUUGCUGCUAUUCCAUCUAUUUGUGCAUUAAGUUCGAAUAAGAUAUCAAUCUAUAAUGAAGAAAUGAUAGUAGCUCGUUGUUUUAUAGGCUUCAUCAUAUUCAGUCGGAAGAGUUUAGGUAAUACUUUCAAAGUAACUCUCGACGGGAGAAUCCAGGCUAUUCAGGAAGAAUCGCAGCAAUUCCCCAAUCCUAACGAAGUAGUUCCUCCGGAAUCUAAUGAACAACAACGAUUACUUAGGAUCAGUUUGCGAAUUUGUGGCACCGUAGUAGAAUCAUUACCAAUGGCACGCUGUGCGCCUAAGUGCGAAAAGACAGUGCAAGCUUUGUUAUGCCGAAACCUAAAUGUUAAGUCAGCAACACUUCCAAAUGCCACUUCUUCCCGUCGCAUCCGUCUUCAGGACGAUCUAGGCACAAAGUUUAACUUAUUAGUUAGGAGGAGAUUUAUCUCCCAGUGUAUCUCGAAAGCAGAAAAAAUAGAACUCAUUCGAGAGAGCUUGGUGGUCUUAAGAAUGGGCCGCCCGCACGCUUUAAGGGUUGUUGAACGUAUUGCACUAAGAAAGACUCCUGCCGUUGCGGUCAUAUUUUAUUUGAAAGCCGCUCAAGCAAUUUCUUUAAAGAAGAGCAAGCAAGACAAGAUAAGGCUCGAAAGCUGCGAAUAA